UUGUAUUUUGAGGUUAGCACUUAUUAAAUAUGUCGUUCUGUCAAAAUUGUUUUCAUUUUAAUCUCCGUGUGAAUAAUGCAACAAUUUGAAUCAUUUCCUAAAGACAAACCUAACAAACGAGAAAAUCUCAUUAACGAUGUGAUAAUUAACGUAAAUUGUUGAAGAUGAAGUCGUAAAAAACGAAAGAGCCAAACGAAUAAAUAAAGAAAAUAUGUCGUUCAGUAUGUCAAGUUGCAAAACUAAAGAUUUCCAAGAAAAUCUAAACGAAAAGGAGGAUAUAAACGUUGAAAAGAAAUGGGAUAGAUUUGCUAAUUGGAUACAUUGUGUUUGUGUUGUUACUUUUGAUUUGGAAUUGGGGCAAGCUUUAGAGAGUAUAUAUCCUCAACAUAUAAUUCUAAGUAAGCAAGAAAUAUCAAAUAUCUGCUACUUAGCAUUUCCGGACUCGAAUUCUGGUUGUAUGGGUGAUACAAAUUUCAUAAUACGCCUACAAAAUAGUCCAUGUAGACAAGAUUUGAAGGUAGAACAUAAAAAUUACAACAUGAAAUGUCCCCCUACUUUACAAAUAAAUUCAGGUUACUUUUGGGGUUACGUAUAUUUUAGGCAAGUUAAAGAUAUUACAUUGCCUAGAGGAUAUUUUCAAAAAAGUGUUGUUAUUUUAUCUAGGUUACCAUUUAAUAACUUAUUUAGUAAAAUCAUAUCUUUAAUAGCUCCAGAAUAUUUUGAAAAUAACGAAUUGAGUCUUGAAGCUGCUUGUUACAAUAUUGAUCAAUGGCCUGUACCUGUACCUGGGGUUACACUUAAUUUACCACUUUUAGGUUCUGUAUUUCAGACGUAUAUACCUCAUCACGGAUCAUCAUCACCAUCAAUUAUCCAACUGGCAUCACUCAACGAAGUUCCUACAAGUUCAGAAAAUCAAAUACAAACAUCCGUCGAAGAUUUAAACUUAUUUGAAACACUACAACCUAUUUUAUCAUACGUUGAUAUGCUUUGGGAACUUGUAGUCACCGCCGAACCUAUUGUCGUUAUGGCUUCAUCUCCAACGCAGUGUUCACAAAUGGUUUUAGCACUCACACGGAUUAUAUCUCCUUUAAAAUUUUGCGCGGAUCAUCGUCCAUAUUUUACAAUUCACGAUAGUGAAUUUAAACAAUUUACAAAUAAAGUUCAAGGGCCUCCCCCCGUUAUUUUAGGGGUUACUAAUCCAUUUUUUGGAAAAACAUUACAUCAUUGGCCGCAUACGAUACGAUUGGGUGAAGAUACAGGUCAAUAUCAAAAAUAUAAAUUAAAGAGGAAUGGGUCAACGAAAAUCUUAGAUUCAAGUCCGGGCGUUUAUACAACAUAUAAACCAUUUUUACAAAAAGAUAAAUCAAUAAUAAAAAACUUAAUAUCUGGUAUACAUUCAAAGCGGCCGUCGGAAGUACAAUCUGCAUUGUUAAGAAGGCAUUUAUUAGAAUUGACACAAAGCUUUAUGAUUCCACUUGAGAGGUAUAUUGCUAGUUUAAUGCCUUUAUUUAAAAAUAUCUCUCCGUUUAAGGCUGCACCUACACCAUAUCCGUUUAACCCCGAUGAUUUUUUCGCUACAUUAGAAACAACAGGGCCUCAAUUAACAUCGGGAAUUAAAGGAGAUUGGGUUGGUUUGUAUAAAAAAUUUUUUCGAUCUCCCAAUUUUGAUGGAUGGUUUAAUAUGAGAUACACGGAAUUAGUAUUAAAGUUGCAAGCUUUACAAUUAGAAGCUUUAUCGGACGCUGACUUAAAAUUGUGGGUGCAAGGGAAACCGGAGGUAGAAAUAGUUGAUAUGGUUUUAAAAUUGCGCAAUAAAAUCAAUAAAUGUAGGCAACAUGACUUUCCAGUUAGCACAUCAACGAAAGAACAAUUAUGUCAACGAUUACAAGAUAUAAUUACUUCUUUACCAGAUGAUUUGAAGAAUAUACUUCAAGGGUCAUGAUGAUCAGCUUAAAAUAGAGGAUAUAUUUUAAGUGGAAUUCUCAGGGUUUGGACCUUCGGCUAAACGCGUGCCAAAUUGAAACAUCAAGAAAAUAAAAUAAUUCAAUUAAUAUUGGAAAAUAAUGAAUAAAAGGUCAACUGCCAGAUGUCGGGCUAAACCAUCCGGACGUAAUAUUGAUAUUAAUAUUUUUAUAGAGAAAUGAUUUUUAUUUAUAAAAAAAUUAAACAAAAAUUUUUUU